CGCCGCAUACGCUGCCAUCGCGGGAGGGAGACGCAGAGCCUUCGGAGCCCCUUUCCGCCGGCGCCCAAGCGUUCCCUCCCCUAGACCAUCCCGCGCCCGCCCCUAGCCGCGAGCCAAGGCCGGCACCCCGCCCGGAGAUGGGCAGACGCGUAGAUGGCGCGGCUCCCGGCGCCGCCAGAUCGGAGGAACCCGGCGCCGGGGCGCUGCGCUGAAGCUCCUAUUCGGCGCGGCCCGGGAAGCCUGCAGGUGUCCUUGGCCACUCGGCCGCCGCCCGGGGCACUCCUCCGCCUCCACCCGGUGCCCUGCCCUCCGGAGCCGCCCCGCCCUCCAGGCUUAGCAGCGCGCAGGACGCCCCGUCUGAGCCCCCCCUCCCCCCGUCCCGGCGCGGCCCCCGCAGCGCGGCGCCCAGCCCAGCGCAGCUCCCUGCCACGGACGCAGGACCAGGGCUCGCUGCUGCGGGCGUGCUUGUUUUCCUGCUGCCGCCCGGUCCUGCGCAGCCCCGGCCCGCCGGUCCAUCUCUCUCGGCUCGGCCCCGCCCGCCACCCUAACCCCGCGCUGGAUUUAUGAAUGGGGGGAAGAGGCCACAUGCGGCCGCCACCGCCUGGUGUUGACCGCACGCUGCCCGGGCCCGCAGAGCUCCGGCUAUCGUGAGAGCGUCGGCCGGGCGUCCGCAGCCUCUCGGAGGACUUGUUGCUGCUGCACCGCCGCCGCCGCCCAGGGAAACCGGCCGCUCUCCCGCUCGGCGCGGUCUGGGAGCCGGAGGGUGGCUAGUGUGAGUGUGAGCGCGCGCGCACCGAGGACCCUCGCGGCGUCCGGGACUGUGCUCUUCUCGGUCUCUCAGGGGUUGGGGGGCGUGUCCCCGGCCCCGAGUGUCCGUGCAUCAUCCCCCCUUCUAACGGGAGGGCGUCCGUGUGUUAGCUCCUAAUUCCCGGGACCCCCCGUUGGCAUCUCCCGCUCUGGUCCCCACCUCCUCCCUCGCUGGCUCUGCCUCCCCAAAUCCCAACCACCUGUGCACCCGAGAAACCCAACUCCUCCCGCUUGGCACCCCCGGGGGUUGGGGGGGAGGCAAGGGCAGGGCCCACGCCGCCGAAGGGGCCGCUGCCGCCUCCUGCCACCUCCUCCUCCUCCUGGUCUCCUCCCCCUCCCCGGUCUGACGCUGCCUCCUCUGGAAGGGUGUUUGGAGGGCAGCGGCCGCCCCAAGCCGGAGCCCCGCAGCGCUUCUUAUGAUCAGCUCGGUGUGUGUCUCCUCCUACCGCGGGCGCAAGUCGGGGAACAAGCCUCCGUCCAAAACAUGUCUGAAGGAGGAGAUGGCCAAGGGCGAGGCGUCGGAGAAGAUCAUCAUCAACGUGGGUGGCACGCGACAUGAGACCUACCGCAGCACCCUGCGCACCCUACCUGGCACCCGCCUCGCCUGGCUGGCCGAUCCCGAAGGCGGGGGCCGGCCGGAGCCGGAUGGCGGCGGUGCAGGCAGCAGCGGCAGCAGCGGCGGCGGGGGCUGUGAGUUCUUCUUCGACCGGCACCCGGGUGUCUUCGCCUACGUGCUCAACUACUACCGCACCGGCAAGCUGCACUGCCCCGCCGACGUGUGUGGGCCCCUCUUCGAGGAAGAGCUCACUUUUUGGGGCAUCGACGAGACCGACGUGGAACCCUGCUGCUGGAUGACCUACCGGCAGCACCGCGACGCCGAAGAGGCACUGGAUAUCUUCGAGAGCCCGGACGGGGGCGGCGGCGGCGGCGGCGGCGGCGCAGGGCCCAGCGACGACGUUGGCGAUGAUGAGCGGGAGCUGGCCUUGCAGCGCCUGGGCUCCCAUGAAGGAGGCGCGGGUCCGGGCGCCGGGUCCGGGGGCUGCCGUGGGUGGCAGCCCCGAAUGUGGGCGCUCUUCGAGGAUCCCUACUCCUCUCGGGCAGCCAGGGUGGUAGCCUUUGCCUCUCUCUUCUUCAUCCUGGUCUCCAUCACCACCUUCUGCCUGGAGACCCACGAGGCCUUUAACAUUGACCGUAAUGUGACAGAGAUCCACCGUGUAGGGAAUAUCACCAGCGUGCGCUUCCGGCGGGAAGUAGAAACAGAGCCCAUUCUGACCUACAUUGAGGGUGUGUGUGUGCUAUGGUUCACUCUGGAGUUCCUGGUCCGCAUUGUGUGCUGCCCCGAUACCCUGGACUUUGUCAAGAACCUGCUCAACAUCAUCGACUUUGUGGCCAUCCUGCCCUUCUACCUUGAGGUGGGACUGAGUGGCCUGUCAUCCAAGGCAGCCCGAGAUGUGUUGGGUUUCCUGCGUGUGGUGCGCUUCGUGCGCAUCCUGCGGAUCUUCAAGCUCACACGCCACUUCGUGGGGCUGCGUGUCCUGGGCCACACGCUUCGUGCCAGCACCAAUGAGUUCCUGCUGCUUAUCAUCUUCCUGGCCCUGGGCGUGCUCAUCUUCGCCACCAUGAUCUACUAUGCCGAGCGCAUCGGAGCCAGGCCAUCAGACCCACGGGGCAAUGAUCACACUGACUUCAAGAACAUCCCCAUUGGCUUCUGGUGGGCUGUGGUCACCAUGACGACACUCGGCUAUGGGGACAUGUACCCUAAGACAUGGUCAGGGAUGCUGGUGGGGGCACUAUGUGCGCUGGCUGGUGUGCUGACCAUUGCCAUGCCUGUGCCUGUCAUUGUCAACAACUUCGGCAUGUACUACUCCCUAGCUAUGGCCAAGCAGAAGCUGCCCAAGAAGCGAAAGAAGCAUGUACCACGGCCAGCCCAGCUUGAGUCACCCAUUUACUGCAAGUCCGAGGAGACAUCGCCCCGGGACAGCACCUACAGUGAUACCAGCCCCCCUGCCCGGGAAGAGGGUAUGGUUGAAAGGAAACGGGCAGACUCUAAGCAGAAUGGUGAUGCUAAUGCGGUGCUCUCCGAUGAGGAGGGAGCUGGCCUCACCCAGCCCUUGGCCUCUGCCCCUACCCCAGAGGAGCGUCGGGCCCUGAGACGCUCAGGCACACGAGACAGAAACAAGAAGGCAGCUGCCUGCUUCCUGCUCAGUGCUGGGGACUAUGCCUGUGCCGAUGGCAGUGUCCGGAAAGAGACCUGCCAAGACGCCCUCUUGUCCAACUAUGCCCACGCUGAAGUCCUCACCCUCUCUUAAAGCGGCACCAACGUGAGAGAGACAGGCAGACAGACAGAAAGCCAGAGGCUUAGGGAAACUCUGGAACCCAGGCACGAAUCUUUUGCUGGGAAAGACUGAUAUCCAUGUUUGCACAGGACUGGUGGAGAAAUCUCCCAUGUGACCCUCGGUGCCCAGAGCCAUCUGGGUCUAAUAUUCUGUUCUACUGUACAUUGAAGAGACAUAUAUGCACAUAUAGUAUCUAUAUUCAUACAUACUAUACUCUUCUGUGUAGUGCACGUGCUACUGGUGGUCUGUCUUCUCUGUUAGGCUAUGUCUCCCAAGCCCUUUCCCCAACCUGUUUCUCCUCCCCUCCCCUCUUCACGGAUUGUAUCUUCUGACUAUAUGUGUGGAAUGUUCCAGGAAAAGUAUACCUGGGAUCUGCCCCUCCAGUUGGGCAGUCCCCAGCUACUCUCUCUCAGGGGUGUUUCCCCUGCCAGCAGGUGGCCUGUUGAAGUCUAUUGAAGGCAAGACUGUCCUCCAGGGUCACUGCUUCACUAGCCCAACCCCACCCCAGAUUGGGGUUCUACCUCCCACCUCACCCCAGUUUGUGGGGGACUUUCAGGGGCUCUUCUGCAGCCUCUGUCACUCCUUCCAGCACUCCUAUCUAUGUCCUUGACAGAGGGGGUCAUUUUGUCCUUUUCAUUUUUGAUCUUCUGUGUGUGUCUCCUUCAUCCAUUUGUUUUUGAAGAUGCUGCUGGGCAGACGGGCAGGGAAGGGGGUCUGUUUGCCCAUUUGGCUCAGGGGUCUGAGAAGGGGAUGCCAUGGGCGAGAGGAGACAAGUUGCAAUACUGUACUUCCUGGCCAGUGGCCAGAGGACGCGUGCAAUAGUGGAGGCCAGGUGACCCCUUCAGCCUUGGCCUCUGCCCCUCCCUCAGCCCUCCCUACCUACUCUCUUCCCUCCCUGCCACCCCCCUCUGGUGUUGGUCAGUCCUUUUCUAAAGCUGUCCCCUUGUCUGUGUCUGAGGCGCCUAGGCCGGGCCUGCUGCCCUGUCUGCAUGUCCUCAACUGUCAUGCUGUGCUCGAGCACCAAUAAAGACAUCAGAGUGUC